AUGUGGUGGCGGUGGAUGUCGCAGCCUCAGAGUUGGAUUUGAGGGCCUCGGAUGCCAUUCCAAGUGUAUCUGUGGAACCUCUUCAGUUUGUCCCAAGAAUUCGUUCUGGUAGUUUCGCGGACAUUGGGCCUCGAAGAUACAUGGAGGAUGAACACAUCCGUAUUGAUGAUCUUUCAGCACACCUGGGAUCUCUGCUUACAAUCCCGACUCCUAGUGCCUUCUAUGGGGUAUUUGAUGGUCAUGGAGGUCCAGAUGCAGCAGCCUACAUCAAAAGGCAUGCGAUGAGGCUCGUAUUUGAAGAUACCGACUUCCCACAAGCAUCAGAAGCUGAUAAGGUUUUCUCGGACUCCGUAGAGAAUUCUGUUCGAAAGGCAUUCCUCCUUGCAGACCUUGCUUUGGCUGAUGACUGCACCAUUACCAGUUCCUCUGGGACUACUGCACUCACAGCAUUGUUGUUUGGAAGGCUUCUUUUGGUAGCCAAUGCUGGGGAUUGUCGAGCUGUCCUUUGUCGGAAGGGCAAAGCAGUGGAAUUGUCUCAAGACCAUAGACCGAUCUAUGCUGCUGAACGCCAAAGGGUUGAAGAAUCCGGGGGUUACAUUGAUGACGGGUACCUCAAUGGAGUCCUCUCGGUGACAAGGGCUUUGGGAGACUGGGACAUCAAAUCGCCCAGAGGCUCUCCUUCACCCCUUAUUGCAGAACCUGAGUUUAGACAGGCUACGUUGACAGAAGAUGAUGAGUUUCUAAUCAUUGGCUGUGAUGGAAUAUGGGAUGUGAUGUCAAGCCAGGACGCGGUGAGCAUCGUCCGCAGGGGCCUGCGGUGGCAUGAUGAUCCUGAGAGAUGUGCAAGGGAGCUUGUUAUGGAAGCUCUGAGGCUCAACACAUUUGACAACCUCACAGUGAUUGUGGUCUGCUUCUCUGCGGAGCAUCGGAGCUUUUCACCAUCAGCUGGCUCUCAGGACCAACAGCAGCAGGCGCCAAGAUUGAAGUGCUGCAAAACCCUGUCGGCGGAUGCCCUUUGUAAUCUGAGAAGCUGGCUGAACAAUGAUAGAGGUGGCAAUUGAGAGAGGGGGAGGGAUUUAUAAGUAUAUAAGCAGAGAUGAUGUGGAAAAAUGAUAGAUUAGUUUAUGCUUUUAUUUAUGGCUGCUUCGGCAGGUCACAGAGCAGCCAGCAGUUUUGUAGUGUUUCUGUUGUAUUGUUUUUGGUGUGGAUGGUGACCGGCCGUGUACAUAAUUCUAGGGGUGGUACACCUUUGUGGUUUCAUUGUUUUGAGCUGAUUUAUAUUUGUAUAGUAUAUUGAUACAACCGAGUUUGUUGGCCUAUGUGUAUUAUUUCUAACCUGCAGGUAUUUUUUUUUUU